GACCAAUGAUUUCGCUUUGUACUGUGGGUGCAGAGAUAUAACAAGGUUUGGAUAUUAUCAUACAACUUCAGCAUGAUUAGAAAUCCAAAAUGACCUUUUAGGGAGGGAUUGAUCUUCCUGGAUUAACUGUUAAAGUGAACUGCAAGGACAAAGGGGCGUUGUGUGCUGUUAGAUAAGUUUAUCUUAGUCUAGUGGCUGAUCAUUUCUCAUUUUCAAUAUCCGUGGCUAUGCAUUAUCAAAUUAUUUCAUCAUAUACACCCAGUUGUAACUUGUACUUCAGAUAAUGCAUCCCUCACUGAUGCUUUUGAACUUUCGAGCAGAGUCCUACAUCUGCCCUUUUAGCUUGAUUUCACCGAUUGAUAUCACACUGACCUGCUGCAAACCGGCCACGCCCAUCACCUGGAUCACCGCUCUCAUCAGCCAUAAAAGCUGUGCCUCGACCGAUAUUUUGCAUCUGUCGUUGACCUGCUUUAUUUAUAGUCAGCCUUCCAGUAACAGGUGCCUGCAUUUGUGUAUGUGUGUGUGUUCCCAUGUUCUGGGAGGUGUCAGAGGAGGAUUUCUCAGUGGGAUACGUAAUGAUGUGUGCAGCAGUGCGGCAGAACUGGGUCACAGGGAGGUGGAGAGAGCGAAAAAGACACGAAGAGAAAGAGACAGAAAACACUGACAGCUACCGAAUCCACGGGAUGGAGGAGCUGUGCAGGUUCACAUUAUCCUGCAAAAGUCCCCAUUUUCAUCAGGGAGUUUCCUCUGCAGACGUCCUUCUGUGUUUCUGCAUGUCCAUUCUCAAUAGAAAUCUUCCUAGUCAGAUUGAUCCUCACCCUCCAGUCUCUCCUCUCUCCUCUGUCUUCACGUCUUUGCUCCUGUUGAGCUGUUAGCAGCGACCUUGUCGGACUCAGGCUCUCCUCUUCUCGUCCUCGUCCUCCUGGCUGCAUGGUCUCUACUCUCUCUUCCCCUGUGGUGGCAGAAAUUGCAGGCUUGACUGAUUGUGACAUCCUUUAAAAUGGAUGCCAUUGUACUGGCUCAAAGCCCUCAACCAGGUCCCACAAUGCUUUGCAUGAAAGACACAUGCUCCAUUGACUGGUUUGUGCUCUCAGGGUUUAUGCAGCAGCAGUGACAGGUUGUGUUCCUGGGUGUUGAAAGGCUUUAAGAGUAUUAAGUCCAAGAUUUUAAGAGGGGAAAGGUCAUAAAAUAAAUUAAAAAUAUAUAUAUUUUGAGCUUAAAUUUGCUUAUUUAUAGAGAAUUGUGAGAAAUUCUUGUUUUAUGUGAGUGAAUGUGGAUGACUUAUUAUUUGACAAAGCAACUACAUUAUUAGAUACCUGAACAUUGUUAUUUUAAAGCUGCUCUCAUCAAUAUUUUCUCAUCAAAUGACUCUGUAAUGUGAAAGGGGUCGCUCGUGAUGAAGCCACAGUUAAUUAUCACCUGCAGCUCUUCACAGCUUUUAUAGCAUGUUUCAGCUCAUUGUUUUGGUUUUACAGCCGGAAACUUUAAUGUUUUGGUUCUCUCAAAUUGAAGCAUUUAGCAGCUAAAGAGUCAUAUUUCCAACUUGUUGAGCUGAAAACUAAUUAAUUCAGGAUUAACAAGCAUUACUUAAAACUUGGUAUCAUACAAGAUAAUCAUUUUAUUUUUCAUACUCUCAUUUAGUAAUUUGUCAUUUCCUCAUGGAGAAUGUUUUAGCACUGUGGUUUGGAGAAGAACACAGAUCGCACACUGGCACUGGACAACAACAAAAAUGCAGCCAAAUUAACCUCCUUUCAGUUUGAAAAGCAAGACAUGUCAGUUUGUCUUCAUUCCUUCUCUCUGUCCUUCCUCAGACACAUAUUUAAUCCCACGGUCCCCUUCAUUGCCAUUUUCCAUCCAUCCACUAGAUGCCCUCUGACUGUCUCUGCUUUCCUCAUCACCUCUCUGCCUCGCCAAUCUACACACCUGUUCCCAUCCUCAUCAGCCCUUUUCCUCUCACUCUCUGCCAGUUUGUUAGAAAUGUAGCUUUGCUUUCUUGCCUUGUGUCGUUGCCUUCAAGCUUCUGUUACUGGCUGUCAUGGACCUCUGAUCCUUGACAGAGGUCCAUGACUUUUUGGAUUUGAUGCCUGCUCAGACUGCAUUGAUUUGACCUUUGCCUGCCCAUGAUUCUCUCGCAUCAGGCGCUACUCCGAGGCGAUGACACUGCCCGACUCUUUCAUCCAACGCCAGCAGCUGGAUGCCAGCAUGGCUGACACUUUCCUGGAGCAUCUCUGUCUGCUGAACAUUGACCAAGAGCCAAUCACAGCACGCAACACCAGCAUAAUCUGCACCAUCGGUCCUGCAUCCCGAUCAAUCCCCAAACUCCACGAGAUGAUCAAGGCAGGAAUGAAUAUUGCUCGUCUGAAUUUUUCUCAUGGCUCACAUGAGUACCACAGUGACACCAUCAAAAACAUCCGGGAGGCCGUGGAGACAAUAACCCCCGACCCCUUGUAUUAUCGGCCGGUUGCCAUCGCCUUGGAUACGAAGGGUCCUGAGAUCCGCACCGGAUUAGUGAAAGGGAAAGUGGAGGGGGAAGUGGAGCUGGUAAAGGGCAGCCAUGUCCGUGUGGUGACAGCAGAGAAGAACAAAGACGAGACAGACGGGAAGAUUAUCUGGGUGGACUACCCCAGUCUGCCCAAAGUCCUGACGAAGGGACGCAAGAUCUACAUUGAUGACGGCCUCAUUGGACUCAAAGUACUAAAAACUGGUCCUGACUGGGUGGAUACGGAAGUGGAGUCGGGCGGGAUGCUGUGCAGUCGUAAAGGCGUUAACCUCCCUGGCUGCGACCUUAUCGGCAUGCAGGCGGUCAGCCAGCGAGACGAGGCCGACCUGAGGUUUGGGGUGGCCCAGGGCGUAGACAUUGUGUUCGCCAGCUUCAUCCGCUCUGCUCAGGAUGUCAAAGAUGUGCGGCGAACUCUCGGGGCACACGGACAAGGCAUCAAAGUGAUCAGCAAGGUGGAGAGCCGGCAAGGGGUUCAGAACUUUGAGGAGAUCCUGGCUGAAAGCGACGGCGUGAUGGUGGCCAGGGGCGACCUGGGCAUCGAGAUCCCAGCGGAGAAAGUCUUCAUCGCACAGAAGAUGAUGAUUGGACGCUGCAACUCUACCGGCAAGCCGGUCAUCUGUGCCACACAGAUGCUUGAGAGCAUGGUGGCCCGCCCACGGCCAACCAGAGCGGAGGGCAGUGACGUCGCCAACGCAGUGCUGGAUGGAGCCGACUGUGUAAUGUUAUCUGGGGAGACCGCUAAGGGACUGUUUCCUGUGGAGGCAGUCGCAAUGAUGCACUCGAUCUGCAGGGAGGCAGAGGCGGCCAUUUACCACCGGCAGUUGUUUGAGGAGUUGCGUCGCCUCACCCCUCUCUCCUCUGACCCCACAGAGGUCACAGCCAUCGGAGCUGUUGAGUCUUCCUUCAAAUGCUGUGCUGGGGCCAUCAUAGUCCUCACCACCAGCGGCAGGGCGGCACAUCUCCUGUCCAGGUAUCGCCCUCGCUGUCCUAUUAUUUCCAUCACCAGAAACCCUCAGGUGGCCCGUCAGGCUCAGCUACUAAGAGGAGUGUUUCCUGUCCUCUUCCACCCUCUGUCUGCUCCCGUCUGGGCCGAUGAUGUUGACAAUAGGGUCAAUUUUGGCAUGGACAUUGGGAAAGCAAGAGGAUUCUUCAAGUCGGGCGACAUGGUGAUUGUGGUGACAGGCUGGAUCCCAGGGUCCGGUCACACUAACAUUAUGAGGGCAUGCAGUGUCCCAUAACAACCUGGCCUUACUUGACUCUCAAUCUGACUGACAUGCUGAUGUAUAAAUGUGAUGAGAACCAACACUUUAAAAUUAAAUAAUAACCACUGUCACUUAUCGAUUAACAAAAGCAUUUUGUCAGCAUCAUCAUUGUUAUUUAAACUCUGAUGU